CUGCUGGCUCUCCCCUCUGAUUGGCUUGUGAAGGUUAUGAAACCCUUGAAUGGGCGCUGCGAGCAAACUUUGCCGCAAAAAAGUCACCCCUUCGCGAAAGGAGCCGGAGAGGCGAGGCUGCGCGCUCGAGCAUCCCCACCGCCCGUCACCAUGAAGUCCGCCGCGGUGCUCUUGGCUGGGCUGCUGGCUCUCACUGCCUAUUAUGUCUACUUGCCGUUGCCCAGCACUGUCUCGGAGCCUUGGCGGCUGAUGCUGCUGGAUGCUUCGUUCAGGGUGGCUCAGCAAUCGUGCAAUCUGGUUCAUUUCCUGGGACUUGGCCAUCAUCUGAGAGCCCUGAACUUCUUGAUUGGUGCCUUCGAACAGCUGAAUCCCCAGUCCUCGGAAGGAGUGAAGAUAACAGAUACUCAGUUUGAUGGCGUGGAGGUCAGAGUGUAUGAGCCGCUGGCAAAAGGAGGGGCAAAACUAAGGCGCAGUGUGGUCUACAUCCACGGAGGAGGAUGGGCCCUGGCAAGUGCAAGAGGAGGUUACUAUAACAAUCUUUGCUCAAUUAUGGCUGAAUCUCUGGACGCUGUUGUCGUUUCAAUCGAGUACAGGCUCGUGCCAGACUUCCACUUCCCAGUGCAGUUCAACGACGUCCUCCAGGCUACGAAGCACUUUAUGCUCCCCGAAGUCCUUGCUCGAUAUUCCGUGGAUCCCAGCAGAGUUGCCAUUUCGGGCGACAGCGCAGGAGGAAACUUGGCCGCUGCCGUAUGCCAAGAGAUGAGUCAAGAGGAAAAUGUCACCACCAGAUUUAAACUGCAGGCUCUGAUUUAUCCGGUCCUUCAGCCGUUCGAUUUCAACACCCCCUCGUACCAGCAGAACGAAGUCACGCCUGUCCUUCCCCGUUUUGUCAUGGCGAAGUUCUGGAUAGACUACUUCAACGGAAAUUACGACUUUGCCCAUUCCAUGGUGGUCAACAACCACACCGCCCUCGACGUGAGUGAGGCCAAUGCCUUCAGAGAACACCUGGACUGGACUUUCCUCCUACCUUCAAGGUUCAGGAAGAACUACAAACCUGUCACACACGCGACGGGGAAGGCAGAAAUAAUCCGGGAUAUACCUGCCUUGCUAGACGUCCGUGCUGCUCCCUUGCUAGCUGAGAAGGAGGUUUUCCGCAUCCAGCCAAAGACUUACAUCCUUACUUGCGAGAUAGAUGUUUUGAGAGAUGACGCACUCAUGUACGCCAAACGGUUAGAGAAAGCGGGUGUGGCGGUGACUAUCGACCACUUUGAAGACUGUUUUCACGGCUGCAUGAUCUUCACCGUUUGGCCUACCAAUUUUUUCGCAGGAAUCCAAACCAGGGACAGCUACAUCAAGUGGCUGAGUCAAAACCUGUGAAGUGUCCCCCUCUUAAAAACUAAAAACUGUAACUGGUCCCCAAGUCAUGUGUACACCUUUGUAUGCAAUCUUGUGCCAUCCAUUUUGAAGACUUUGUUGGAGAGUUUUCCGUUGCAGCAGAGUCGUGUGCCGCCAAUGAUUUGCUUGGACUGUACACCAUUGGGGGGUUUUUUGGGGGGGGGGAGUCUUUGGGUAGUCUUGAACCCAGACCCUAAAGGCAUUGUAAGAGAGUCAGACCCAACCUGUAGCAGAAUGAGGCUAACACUUCAGAUUGCAGGAGGAGGAAUGAAAAUAUUCUCCCAUAUAGAAGCUCUCUUCAAGUGGAACAUUGACACAGCAGUGUAACCAAUUCUAUCCUGGCCCUCUCCCUACUGAGCUUGUUUUCUGCUUGCAAGGAAGGAUUUGCUUGUCAGCUGUAAGGAAGAGCUAAAAAACAUGGGUUUUCCCAUCUGCAAGUCUGAAAUGGUAUAUAGUUCAUUGCACCAUUUCUUUCUGCUGCCUAUAUAGGGUGUGUAUCCAGCUCAACAGUUCUGCUAGCAAAAGUAUUUUUGGCUGCUCGGCGGAAUUUCCUGUCCCUCUCCUCCACCAUGGGUCCCCUAAAACUGCUCUGGAAAGUUGGUGGGGAAACCCCAGAACAUAUUUAGGGGGCAUAUUUAGAAGAGGGAGAGGCUGUUCCAGCAUGCAGCCUGAAGUGCUUUUACCAGUGGAAAUGCUUCGCUGGGUUCUGGCCAUAGAGACCAGGCCCCAAGUUAUGUCCAAAUUGCUGGGUAACAUCUGCACUUCCCAGCACCCGUAACAAACUACAGUGGCCAGGAUUAUCUGUGAGUGUUAAAGUGGUAUAAUAGUGCUUUUAAAUGUAUAGUGUGAACAUGGCCCAAAUCAAAACAGGGCUGUUACUCUUAAGCACCACUGUCACUCUCAAAGACUAGGAGAAACAGCUUAUCCAUCAGACCUGAUUUGUGACCCGGCAAGUGUAAAGCACCCCACCCCACCCCACCCCACCCCCAUUUAUUGCUUCCUAUCAGCCUGCUUUUUGCCAUUUUGGAGGCUCGGCAAGCCACCAGAUGCCUAAGCUUAAUUUAAUGGGUCGCAAGUGUUUCAGGCCUGAUGUAAAUAGAAGACAGCGAGGCUGGGUCCCAUAGCUGCAAUCUUAUCCUACGACAUUUAGAUUGGUCGCAUCCUGUGCUGGUUGGUGCUGGUACCUUUUGGGUACCAAAAGCUCUGUUUGGGAUUUCGAGCGAGCGCUGUGGGCACCAGCUACAAAAUGGCAACACAAAAUGGCCGCCACAUUUAAAAGAGAAAAGGAACGCAGCUUGGGAUGGAUGAGUAUUACACAUACCGUACACACACACACAAGCAAUGGGGGAAAUGGACCUACGCCAGCCGCAGCCAUGUUUGCUCACAGAGACAAACUUUUUGCACCUCUCCUCUGUUCAGAGACAAUGGGAGCAUUGGUGUUCUGUGGAAUGUGGGCAUGUUUAAAGGGUUAGAACAGGCAUCCCCAAACUUCGGCCCUCCAGAUGUUUUGGACUACAAUUUCCAUCUUCCCCGACCACUGGUCCAGUUAGCUAGGGAUCAUGGGAGUUGUAGGCCAAAACAUCUGGAGGGCCGCAGUUUGGGGGUGCCUGGGUGAGAAGAUGCCGAGCCAGUGCAAGCAGGAACUGAGGAAGAGGGAAACUCUCUUUCAUGCAUUGUGGAUUUUGGAAGGGACACCUUCCAAGACCUUUGGAGGGUACCAUAGGUGAUAUGGGUGGGCAGACACAAUUGUGACCCCUGUGUGGACAGCACUGACACAGAUAAGACUUCAGUACGAGGCAGCGUCUUGAAGCCACUUUUUUUGUGUGUGUCCUAACAUCAAUGCAAGAGGCUCCCUGGUAGGGCUAAGGAGCCUCCCCCAGUAAGCUCUACACUGCUUAUAUACAGCUGCCUCCUUUCUGAUCAGGUGCUGAUCCUGGGGAGAUAGGAGCCAACGGAUAAUGUAUCUCGCUCUCCCUCUGUACCACAUCCUUCAUCUUGUGUGCUGGUAUUUAAAACGUUAAUGGUA